AUGGCGGCCGUGAAUCCGCAGCCACUGCAAGCGCGACCAUUCGAGGAGCACAUGAGAGGUCCGAUACCGAUCGAAGACGAUGAGGCUGAGUACGAAGAUGGUGGUGAUGAUGGUAUGGAGGACAUGGAAGAGGUUCAUGUGAAUUCGGUCAGCGUUGCGGAGCGUGGAGGAGGAGGAGGAGGAGGUGUGGUUAUGGCGUCCAGGACUAGUGAGCUCACUCUGUCUUUUGAAGGCGAGGUCUAUGUCUUCCCUGCUGUUACACCUGAGAAGGUGCAAGCAGUACUCUUGCUAUUGGGAGGACGUGAUGUACCAACUGGUGUGCCUACAGUUGAAGUGUCUUACGAUCAGAAUACACGGGGUGUGGCUGACACCCCAAAACGUUCAAAUCUUUCACGAAGAAUAGCUUCACUGGUUCGGUUUCGUGAAAAACGGAAGGAGAGAUGCUUUGACAAGAAAAUUAGGUACACAGUCCGUAAAGAGGUUGCACAGAGGAUGCUUCGUAAAAAUGGACAGUUUGCAUCAUUAAAACAAAAUUCAGGUGAUUCUGGUUGGGAUUCGGCACAAAGUGGCCUUCAAGAUGGCACUUCUCGAGCGGAAACUGUCUUACGUCGAUGUCAACAUUGUGGAGUUAGUGAAAAUAAUACGCCUGCAAUGCGCCGUGGACCUGCUGGCCCAAGAACCUUAUGUAAUGCAUGUGGUCUUAUGUGGGCAAAUAAGGGAACACUGAGAGAUCUCAGCAAGGGAGGAAGGAACCUUACCAUGGACCAUAUAGAACCUGGAACACCAAUCGAAGUGAAGCCUUUACUUGUUGAAGGAGAAUUUUCUGGAAACCAGGAUGAGCAUGGAACACUUGAAGGUCCUUCUAAAACAGUUAUUGAAAGAUCCAAUGAUGCUUCUGUCAACCUGGAUGAACAAGAUUUGCAUGAAACCGCUGAAGAUCUUACAAACAGUUUGCCGAUGGGGAUUGUUUCCUCAGCCAAUGAUGAGCAGGAACCUCUGGUUGAGCUCACUAAUCCUUCAGAUACAGAUUUAGACAUCGCUACUAAUUUUGAUUAG